AUUUCGAUACAGGAAAUAGAACACAAAGAAAAUUUCUUGAUCGACGUAUAAAAUAUGGUUGGCAAGUAAUUUCGGUUAUUAUUCGCUAAACCAGGUUUAUAUGAGUAUAUUUUUUCACAUAUGAUCUUAGAAACAAAUAUAAGUGCACGAAAAUCAUUAACAGAAAAAAUCGUGCGCAAAACUAUUUGGAUUUUGGAACCAACCAUAACCUAACAUAUUUUUAGACGGCAGGACGCGUGUUUAGAAAAUUCAUCAAAUCAACAGUAAAAAAGUUUCACGUCAACUAAUUUUUUUGUCAACAUGAAGUUAUAUUGUUGGGGAGCAAACAGCUAUGGCCAGCUAGGACUGGGAUAUGAGUCUGAUGCAGAAUUAUCACCUAAAGAAGUCCCUUUGGAAAACUGUGAUCUAAAAGCUGAAGAUAUCGUAUCCAUAGCUGGAGGCUCUGGGCAUACUUUGAUAUUAAAUAACAAAGGAUUUGUAUACUGUUGUGGUGUGAACACAAAAGGUCAGCUAGCUCUUUCAGAUGAUACAUUGAAAUUAACACAAAUAGAAAUUUUAAAGGGAUUUAAAGUAGUUCAAAUAUCAUGCGGCUGGGAUUUUAGUGCUGCCGUAACAGAAUGUGGCAAACAAUUUGUUUGGGGCAAUAAUUUAAAUACACAACUAGGUCUUUCAAAAAGUAUAACAUGUACUGGAAUUCCGUCCAGAUUACAAGUUUCCCAAAAACUGGCUACUGGUUUCAAACACGUAAGUUGUGGAUUGAGGCAUACAGCUAUGAUAACAAAAGAUGGAGGCUUAUUAGUUGCUGGUACUGGAUCCAAAGGUCAACUAGGGCUCGGUGAUAACUUUGAUGAUAACAACUACCUAAGUAUAUCCAGAGUUCCUGAUUUAAAUGAUGUUUGUAGUGUGGCUAGUGGACAGCAUCAUACCGUAGUUCUUAAAGAUAAUGGUACAGUACUUAGUUGGGGUGAAAACAAAUUUGGUCAACUGGGAGUUGAUCCUAACGUCGCCAACAGUUUUGUACCACUAGAAGUGUUCAAUAAUGAAGCCUUGAAGACUGUAUACGCUGGGUGGACCCAUAGUGCAGGUUUAACAACCAACGGAGAAGUUUUCACUUGGGGAAGAAAUACUUAUGGACAAUUGGGAGCUGACAGAGAGGUGCCAUAUAAGCCAGAAAAGAUUCCUACAUUAAGUAACGUUGUUCAGUUGAGCGUUGGUUCUGAACAUAAUUUAGCAGUAACAACUGAAGGAAAGUUAUUCGCAUGGGGAUGGAAUGAACAUGGAAGUUGUGGUACUGGUGAUAAGAAAGACCUUAAAAUACCAACUCAAAUUCUAGUUAAUAGGAAUGUAAAGUCUGCUUUUGCUUGUACUGCUACUUCAUUCGCAGUUGUUGACUAGUAAAACACAGUGUUUUUCUCUAUGAACAAUUUACGUUCAGGUAUUUUUUUUAUAAAGUGUUGAUUAAUUACUAUUGAUUGUAUUCCUGUAUUUUUAUAAUGAAAUGUUUUGCUUUACUGAUUAUACUUUCCUUAUGUUGGUAACUAUGUUCUCAACUUUUGUUUGUAUUGAUCAUUUGUUGACAAUUACUUUGUCAGUGGUGUAUAAACAAUGUUGAAUCAAUUUCGUUCUAGAAGUAAUUGGUAAAUAUUUUAUAAUACUGAUGUAAAUAAUUGUCAAAUAUAUAUUUUCAUUGUAAACAAAUCUCAAAUUCUACAAAUUUUAUAUAAUUCUCAAUCAACAAGGAGCACAAAUUCUAUUUUCAAAUGAAAUUGUACUGGUCAAUUUUUUAAAGAAACCUUUAUUAAAAAUCUAUUUUACAAAUAUGCA